AUGAUGAGUCUUUCGCCAAGCUCGACUACAUUAACCCUUUCGCGUCAAGUGCGAAAUCUCUGUUCGUCGCCCUCUUUAUUCUGUGGGCUGAAAAAUGAACUAUCCACUAUACAGAAACAAUCUACUCCACUUAUUGACGUCAACAAACUCAAAGAUCCAAGUGUAAAAGAUGAGGUGGCCAAGACUAUGAAGGCCUAUAAAAGGGCCACACAUCCAACGUCUGUUCCGCUCAAAAAGCUCUUCCUGUCUCAGUUUCCACUCUCUAUACGAGAGCUGCUUCAAGACUACUCGUAUCGUGACAAUCCCCUCAAAUUACAGCAUGAUCUACUUUGCACACUUGACUUCUAUCCCAGCGCAGAUUCUCUGGGUAAACGAGGUGAGGUGGUCGAGACAACUUUGAGUAGUGGUCAUAAGAUCAAUGAGUUUGCGAUUUAUCCACCUAGUCUUGGCCGCACCGAAACUGACCCUACGAAAAGCGAAAAGUAUAGGGAAUGUAAACAUUUAAUUAUGGUACACGGAUAUGGUGGUGGUCUCGGCUUUUUCUUAAAAAAUUUCGAUGCGAUUCUGUCGUUGGAUGACUGGGUCGUUCACAACAUAGACCUCUUGGGGUACGGCUGCUCUUCACGGCCACCAUUCACUCCUGACUCCUUAGAGGCGGUGGAGAGCUGGUUUCAUGAUUCUUUUCAAGAGUGGCUCCACUUACGUAAUCUAGAUGGCCUUUCAGACCAAACGUUGGUCAUGGCCCAUUCAAUGGGAGCAUACUUAAUGGCCACUUAUGGUAUCAACAAAGAUCCUGAUUUCUGCAAAAAAUUGCUCAUGGUAUCUCCCGGCGCAGUCAUCAAACACAGGAAGAAGGUUUUUGUGCCGACUUAUUUUGCCAAAUUGUGGGAACAAAACAUAUCUCCUUUUACGUUAGUGCGUAAAGCAGGCCCUCUAGGAUCAAAGCUUGUGAGCAUGUGGUCCUCGCGCCGUUUCGCACUUCUUCCACGCAAUGAGGCUGCCCUUCUUCACAAGUAUGCAUAUGGUAUUUUCCAGAGUCGGGGAUCUGGUGAGUACAUGCUCAAUUACCUCUUAGCCCCAGGUGCUGAUGCAAGACAUCCUUUGAUAGAACGCGGCAUUCACAAACUCCAUUGUAAUCUCCUCUGGGCCUAUGGUGAGGAUGAUUGGAUGGACAAAAAAGGUGGAGAGCUCUGCACUGCAAUUAUAAACAGAUUGAGUGGAGAUGAAGAUAGAAGUAGUGUUUGCGAAAUCCCCAACUCUGGACAUCAUAUCUAUCUCGACAAUAUCGAGGCAUUUAAUAGAUUGUUGUUGGACGAGAUGAAAAAGUUUUAG